AACGAAAUAUAUAGGAUUUAAGUUGGACAAAGGUGUAGAAGAUAUCAGAAAAAAAUUACCUAACACAGGCGCAGAAAGAAGUAAAAAUGUUCGGUCUAAGGUUUUGAAGAAUGUAGAAAUUCAUGACCAUGAAAAGAAAAUUUAUAGAAGACUAUAUGAAAUAGGGAAACUGGCUUUACCUCAGGGUGAAAGCAAAAAAGAUAAUGGAGGGAUAGCUUUUUUUGCUCAGAUAAUCGGAGAGAUUCUUAAGCAAGAUAUAAUCCUAUAUCAACGACUGCACAAUGAUAUCAGUCAUUGUUCAAACAGCAACGAUGAAGACGAGAAUGUCCUAUAUCGAAAUGAUUUGAAUUGUGUCGAUCAUAUAAACAGCAACAAAGCUGCAUUUAGAGCAACUUUUUCGGAGACAAGUCAUAAAGACUUUGUGCCUGUUCUAAAGAUAAAGGGUACGCUUAGAUGUAUGGAGAAAUGGAAAACUCGAGUGGAAAAGUUAAAAUGGCCCGCGGGAAAGGUUGACAGAAUUUUCAACGCAAACGUUUUCGUCGCAGCAAGAAUGUCACCGGUAAAUCCAAAUCCAGGAAAGGAUUUUUGUUUGUCAUUUAAUUUGCCAGAGAAAGAGAUGAUGUUGUCAAUUUCUCCAGUGCAGAAGAAAGUAUUUUUGAUCAUGAAAGCUUUCUUAAAGGGUGUAAUUGAAAAGCGUCAUGCUGAACUUAGAAAAGAGCUGACAUUAAAAACUUAUCACAUCAAACAUUUGAUGUUUUGGGUGUAUGAAGAAAAAGUGGGAGAAAUGGAAUCAGUUUCUUAUCUUCUGAAAAAAGCUUUGGAUUCUCUUACAGAUGCACUUCGGAGUAAAAAACUAAGUCAUUACUUUGUAGAAAGUAACAAUAUGUUUGUUGACUUUGAAGACACUGAUUACAAAAUCUUACUGACAUGCCUUGAGGAAGUGAAAUCAAGUCCUAUGAAAAGUUUAGAUUUUUAUAUAGAUUUGAAUAAAAGUAGUGCACGAGAAGUCUGGCUGACAGAAGACGAGAUUUCUUGCUUUUUAGAAAUGUCUGCUGACAAAGGGAGAAAUGAAUAUCUCCAAAGGACGGAAGAAGCCAUGAUAGACUUUCAGAGAGGUGUCAAUGAAAACAGAAAUGCAGAUGCAUGUUCUCCGCUGAUAGAAGCCAUAGCGGACACAGUUAAAGUUUGUCUACAAGUUGAAGGGAGUGAUAACCUUCAAAUGUUUAAAUUAGUGAAUGUUGUUCUGACGAACGGUCAGACAGAUAUAGCACAAAUAGAUAAGAACAUGGCAGACAAAAAUAUAGAGGAUGUCGUGACGCUCAUUGUUGGACUUAGUAUUAUGGAUCAUACAUUGCGAAGCUAUGUGAAUCAUUUCGGUGGAAAGGACGGAAUAAGGCAUAUUUUACGGGGUGCUUUUUGUGGUAAAGGUUUAGACCUUGAUAUUGAUCUUAGGGAACAAAUUGUUGACUCUCUUCGUCGAUAUCUUUCAUGUUCAGAAAGUGAAGAAGAUUCAUUGUUUUCAGAGUUGAAAUAUAAAAUAUUUGGCUAUGUUCUUUUUAGAAAAGAGUUCCCCGACUUGAAAGGAUUAAGAGAAGUAUAAACUUUUGAUAUAUAAAAAUACUUUUAUUCCAAAAUGUAUCAAGGUCUUGGACGUUAUCAGAAAAUGUUCUAUUUGGUUAUAAAUAUUUCAAUUUGUUAUAUACAUGUCCAUAAUGUAUCAGACACAUCAGGGGUUCACCAGUUAUUUCGGCUUCUUUUUGUUUGUUUGUUUGUUUGAUACAUAGAUUGCUUUUCA